UAAACAAGCGGAGAUAAAUGUGCAAUGUGGAGAUUUCACGUUUUAUUUGAGGUGUUUCAGGUUUUCUUCAAUGAAUUGACAUUGCUACUCUUCGAUUAAGUUCUUAUAUCUGCAUACUGUUGCAGCCCGAUGGUAAAAUGGACACAGAAAUAGAAAAUCAUCCCGAUUUUGCAGUUGUAUGGAGUUUUUUCGGUAAAUUUGGAAAGCACUUGGACUUGGAAGAUAUUUUGCUUGCCGACAUUACGAGUUGGAUAUCGGAACCAUGGACCAAAACUUCCAAAGUCGUUGAUAUGAUGGUAAAAUUGAUGAGAAAAACUGGAAUGAGAGUCGAUAAACAGAGAUGGCAGAAAUUCAUUACAAAAGCUGCAUUGAAAUACGACUGGGAACUCGCUGUUGAAUUGCAAACUGCAGGAUUUCAAACUCUUUCCAUUUCAAGAAAGCUUAAAAUAUUAAAGAUGAUUUGCGAAAUGCAAUUCGAUGACAAUAUGAAGUUCAAAUCAGUGAUAAAUACUGAAGAAGCAGAUGAUCAAAGAUUAAAGCCGGUUGGAAGGGAUGAAGAAGGUCUUCUCUAUUGGCAUCAGGAGGAUACUGAUCUGAAUAUUAGAUUAUAUAUUGAAGAUGAAGAUGAUGAUGAUUAUACUGGAUGGAAAGUUGUCUGCAGAACAAAAGAUGAAAUUGGGAAUUUGAUCAGCAAGCUUACUGAUGAACCUGCUCAUAAAGUUAAAGGUGAAAACAGUGAUGAAGAGGAAGAUAUUGUGGAGACAAAGUUUCAAAUAUUUUUGAAAACUCAAUGUUCAUCAGAUGCAACAGAGGAUAAAAUGAAAAAGUUUUUACAAACAAAUAUUGAAAAAAGCAUAGAUGAAGAUGUCUCUGCAAAUAUGAAACUUGAAAAUGCAGAAUAUUCCAAGGAUAAUGACGAGUCGAAGUCUGUAAAAGAGGGAAGUAAGUCUGCUAUUGAAGAUGAGAAUUCCUCUAAUAUCAAGCAGGAGAAUAUAUCAAUCAAAAGAGAAAAAGAUAGUUCACAUUUACUUGAUUUGAAAAAUGACGAGUCAUCUUCACUAAAAACAGUGGACAAUUUUGAAGAAUCAAAAAGUGAAACAAAGAUAAAAUUAGAACCAAUAAAUUCCCAGACUGUUGAAGAUGUUAAUAUUAAGAUUACUCCUGCUGAACCAAAUACAACAGGAGAUGAAAAGGCAGAAUCUUGUGAUACGAACAUUGAGAGUAGUAAACCCCUUCAACAAGGUAACAAUGAGGGCUUUGUUGCAUCUCCAAAUAUAAACACUGAAAAUACGAUUAAUGAAAUGUCAACAGUUCCUAAAUUGCUGGAACAAAAUGAUUCAAAUGAUAAAUUCAAGUCAUGUCCUGUAAGUGUCAUUAUGUCGACGGUUUCAACAGAAAAUGUUUCUGUUAUUCCGUCUCAGAAUCAAGAAGUAAGUUCUGAAACAAGCAAGUCUUCUGUUACUAUCAAUGAAAAGAAAAGUAAUCUUGAAUCAACCACAACUGGAAAAGAUAUCGAAAAUAAAGAUAUCAAAAAUUCAACAGUAAAUGCUCCUGCUCAAUCAUGUGAUCAACAAAUAGGUUCUGAAACAAGCAAGUCUUCUGCUACUAUCAGUGGAAACGUAAAUAACAUUGAAUCUGCCACAACUGGGAAAGAUAUCGAAAAUAAAGACAUGGAAAAUUCAUCAGAAAAUGCUCCUGCUCAGUCUUGUGAUCAAGAAUUAGGAUCGGAAACAAGCAAUUGUACUGUUACUAUCAGUAAAAAGAAAAAUAAUCUUGGAUCUGUCACAACUGGGGAAGAUAUAGAAAAUAAAGAAAUGGAGAAUUCAACAGAAAAUGCUCCUUUUGAUCAGUCUCGUGAUCAAGAAUUAGGAUCUGAAAUAAAGAAAUCUGCGUCAACUAUGAGUAAAAAUGAAAACAAUUUUGAAUCCUGUGAAAUUGAUAAACAAAAGGGGCUUGAUAUACAAAAUAAGGAUGCCUCAAACUAUGAAAAAAAUGAUUCAGUUCAAUCUGUUAAUACUUCUGAACCUUUAGAAGAAAAAGGUUCAGUUUCACAUGAUACGGACAAAAUCGCAAAAUCUAUUGAAAAUAAUAGUAAAAACUCGUUGCCCGUUCAAGCUGAUGAUAGUGAGACUAAGAACGAAAAAGAACAAAUUGUAACAAUGGCCGCUCAGUCAAUAUAUGAAAUGAAAAGUCAGAAAUCUGAUGAAUCAACAGUUGAAAUUAAGAGCGAAAUUGCUAAAAUUGAAAAUAAAGGUAAUGUCUCCGGCAGAGAAAAUUUAAUUGAAAAUUCUUGCCCACCUCAAAGUGACAAUGGUGUUGUGAAAGAAAAUGGGCUUGAAAUAAAAACAACUGAGAAAACAGUUUCUUCUGUAGGUAUGGACGAUAUUGCUUCUGUAUCUCAACCUAUUGCAACUGAAAAGGGAAUUGAGAAUUCUGGUAACAAAAAUGAUGAUAUUGGUUUACCGCCUACAACAAAUAGUACUGAUAAAGGACUGAUAAAGUCAGAUGUAAAAAGUUCAAGUAUCGACAUCUUAUCUUCUGAUAAGAACACAUUGAUGAAGUCUGAAAUUAUUGAAAAUGUUGACAAGACCUCUUCACUGAAAUCAAAUGUUUUAGCCAGUGAGUCUGUUGAUUCCAUUCCACAUGCUGACUUAACAGAGAGUAUAAACAUUUCCCAUAAAAGCCCUGUGCAUUCUGAUGAUGAAACUGAAAUAAAAUCGAUGAACCUGAUAGAACCUGCCAUGUCAAAAAAUACUGAUGAAGUAUUAUCACCACCUACUGCUAAUGAAGUCAUCGAAGAAUCACCAAUGAUACAAAAACAUUCAUUAAACACAUGCUCACUACCUGAAAAAGAAAGUCCAACUGAUAAGAUUGUCAAUAAGACACCUGGUGAUAUUGAGAACAGAGAAAAACCACAAACUAAUAUAACACUAGGGUCGCAAGAUGAUUCAUUCGAUUCUUCGAAAAAGAAUACUGAAAUCUCUUCAGAAACUGAUAAGCAAAAAUAUAAUCAAAUGAAUAAGCAGAAUGCGAACUCAUCAAUCGAAAAUGAAGUUGCAUCAAACAUAAAGACAAUUGAUUCAAAUAGUGAUACCAAACCUAGUGUUGAUAACUUAGAUAAGAAAUUAACUCAAAAACAGUCUACUAAAUCGGAAACUAAAUCAGAAAGUCAAGAUGAUAAGGACAAGGCAAUAACUGAACUUGUUGAUGACAAAUCACCUGACAAGAUUGCUGAUUCAGCAGAAAAUGUUACUGUGAAAGAAGAAAAUGCGGAGGUUGCAGAAAAUGGUCAAAUCAAGUGUUUAACAGAAUGUAAUCAAGACACUGGAGAUAAAAUUUUUAAUGGUGAAUCAGAAAAUACGAGAGAAGAAACAAAUAAAGAUCAAGAAGAAAAAGAAAAUAAUGAGGAGAAUGUGGAGGAAAUAAAAGAAAAGAAAUCUACAACUAGGAAGAGGGGAAGAAAAAGGAGAUCUGGUUUUGGUAGAAAAAAGCCUGCAUCUGCGAAGAAAUCAACACCUAGCGACACGAAACGACAACAAAAUCAUAAACCAAAGAAACCAAAACUAAGUAAACUUGAACAAUUAAAAAGUGAAGCUGAAAAUAUACUAUAUAAAGAAAAAAAUUCCAAACACAGUGAAGGAGUGGCCUAUACUACAAGAAGUGGGAGGAGGGUUAAAAGUGCAAAGCAGGAAGAAACUGAAGCAUGGCAAACAAUAGAAGAUGACAGUACUUCAAAAAAGAAAAAAAAGGAUUCUGAUGUUGACGAAGACUUUGAAUAUGUUGAGAAAAAGAAGUCCAGUGGUGGAAGUCAUCGGACGGAAAGAGUCAAAGAAGAACCAAAAAAAGAAGUAAAACGAGUAAUAAACGACGAUACUCCGUGCAUGAAAUGUGGAUUGUUUUCACACCCAGAAACGAUAUUACUAUGUGAUGGAUGUGAUAAAGGGCACCACAUGGCAUGCUUGACACCUCCUUUAAUGAUUGUGCCGUACGAGGAAUGGUUUUGUCCUAAAUGUAGCCAGGAGAAAUUGAUCAAACGAUUGAAAGAAAUUUAUGAAGAACUCGACAGUAAAUUAAAAUUACAUCAAAGAAAAACAAGGCAGAAUGAAUAUAAGAAAUUAUUAAAUGAAUACACGGGCAUAAGCCAAACAAAUAUUCUACCAGAAAAGCCGGCUCCAGUUAAAUCUCGACCCCCUCCAAAGAAAAGGAGACGUUCGUAUUCAAGUGAAUCAGAAGAUUUGUAUUCAUCUGAGCCGAGUAGUCCUGAAGUAAUAACAACACGACGUUGCCGAACAAAGGUUUCAUACGAUUUUUCGACUUUUGAUAAAACAAUCAUGGAUGCAAUAAAAGAUGAUAUCGAUAUUAAAUCAGACGAACAAGUUGAGAAGCCUAUAUCAGGCAAAGACAUCAGAACAAUAAUUGCUGCAGAGAAAGGUGAAGAUGUUGAUGAGAUGGGAGAUGAUGACACAACACCUGGUCGUAGGAAGAAACGAAAACUAACAAAUUUGAAUACAAGUGGAAGUGAAGCAGCUGAAUCUGGCAGUAAUUACAGCAUAUCGGCAUCUGAGGAGGAACCCAGUGAUGAGGAAUUCCAACUUUCUGGAGUUACAGACAGUGAUGACAGCUUAGGUGGAAAACGGAGAUCAAAGAGGAAGAAACGUCCGUAUGUUAAACCUAUUAAACGUUCAAAAAGACUUAGAAGAAAAAGAAUACAGGAAGAAUAUGAAACAAGUCUUUCAGAAUCCAGUGAAUAUGAAGAGGCUGCUCCAAAGAGGACAAAAACCAAAAAGAAGAAGAGGUUCAAUCAAUAUGGAAGGGACUCAACUGAAGAUGAGUAUGUUCCUCCUCGACGAGUAAAUAAAGUUCAAGAGUUUAUUGAUGACGAGGAAGAAGAGAAUGAGGAGAAAAAUGUGAAAAAACCAAGACGGAGUCGGACUCUACAAUCAUCUUCAGAGGAAGGCGACGAAAAUAAAAAUAAAAACAGCGACAUUAAAAUAGUGCAAAACGGAAAGAUGACGGAGAGUCGUCAGAUGAUUGGAGUUCUCUCUCUUCGAAUGCUGCUCGAACUUCAGAAGAUGACAGUAAUAUCUCAGAUGCCGAAUCAACUGAAAAUAAAACUGCUAAUACAUAAUGCUCUUUGGUGGUUUCAAGCUAGAACACUGAUUUCAUUGUAGCAAGAAUCAUAUGCAAAUUAGUACUGGGCGAUAGGACUCCUCUGGGUUUGAUUUGAAGAAGUUUUUCACUCAACCAGCAUAUCUGAUCAUAAAUUCAUAUUUUGAUGGCAUCUACUAUAUGAUACAUCCUGGAAGAAUACAGCAAUAAAUUGCAUUUUUACUCUUUUUUCAAAAUAUAUUUGGCUUAAUAUACUUAUUUCUUAUCAGGUUUCCUAGUGCUUGAGAUUUCUGUCAAAAUAUCUAAUUACUCAUCUUUAUAGUUACACACACACCUGAUUACGGUAUGUAACAUCAAGGAUGGCAUUGAUUGAAAACGCUAUUCAAUGUUGUUUCAGUGAAAACUGAUUUCACCAAAUAUUAUGCUCGUAGAAGUUGGCAGUUGAAAAUGUUAUGGAUAACUAAGAAAAAUUCAUUUUGACCGAAAAUCAUUCCUGUUUAGACCAUUUUUUUUUAUCUAGCUUGCUGUACAAUGUUGUCAACUUAGCUGGAAAAUACAUUCUGGCUAAACGCAGAAGGGGUCAGAGAAUUUUUUUGUACUGUAUUGUGUCAAAGUGUUUCAUGUUUAAACGUCAUUGUUACCAGGAUUUGCACUAUAUAAGAUUAUUUUUCUAUUUUUUCUUGUUUUGUACCAAAUUGAUCUAUUGAAAGAUCAAAAUUGUUGAACUUUUAUGUCUUCAUUGUAAAGUUUUGUUGAAUACAUUCGCAAAAAACUGCCA